AGGUAGAGGUCAUGGUUAAUCGAAGCUUGAACCAAAGGCAACUGGACGUGGUUAAGUACUUUCAGAGGAGAGGUGAAAUGUCUGAAGAUCUUCGAGUCCAGUUGCCUCUGGAUCAAACGCUGACAUUCAGAAACUGAACAUUAUCAGCUGUUCAAAAUCAGCAAAGUGAAACCCUGAAAUCCUGCGUUUAAACUCAUGCAUGACUCGUGAUAAUGUGAAAAUGAAUGAAUGUAGAACCUUUAACAGAGUUGUUAUAGGGUGUAGUUUCGGUAUUUUUACUGCUAUAGAGGGUCUAAAGUCUUCCUCCAGCACUUAUUGAACCAGCCUGCAGAUAAACAGACAGUAAAAUCCUCCGCCUGUGUUUUUAAACGUUCCUCUCUCCAUUAAACCAAUAAAGCGGCGAGUAACGGAAGCAGAGCUCGGUCUAUUCUAAGAGUCAUGUGUCAUUACAUCCCACAUGAAGCAGAGUGAUCAGAGGAGGUCCGGCUGCAGCUGAAGGGACCUGCUCAGGAGGAGGAGGAGCGCUGUGAUGAAGAACAGACGAGGGAUUCCUCCUCUGCUUAUAAACGGCUGCUGAUAAUCAGAAGCACUAACAGCAGACGAAGACGACGAGGAGUGAGCGCAGAGCUGCAGGACAAACAGCUGGACUGAGACCUUCAGGUCAAACAUCGGCAGGAAACAUGGCGGUAUCAACUGACCAUCUCAACACCUCCAUGUUGCUCCGCCCCUGUGUGAACGCCACCUGUCAGCCUCCGAUCAGCUCGUGUCCAUACACCACAGCUCAGCUGACGAUCAUUGUCAUAGUAACCGCUUCCCUCAGCAUCGUCACCGUCCUCGGCAACACGCUAGUGAUCCUGUCCAUCAAGGUGAACCGUCGCUUGCGCACGGUCAACAACUACUUCCUGUUGAGCCUGGCGGUGGCCGACCUAAUCGUGGGCCUGAUGUCCAUGAACCUGUACACGCUGUACUUGCUGCGGGGACGCUGGCCCCUGGGGGCCGCCAUGUGCGACCUGUGGCUGGUGGUAGACCACGUAGUGAGCAACGCAUCUGUCAUGAACCUGCUCAUUAUCAGUCUUGACCGCUACCUGUGCAUGACACGCCCCCUCAGCUACCCGGUGAGACGGACAGGUAAGAUGGCGGGCAUGAUGAUCGGCGUCGCUUGGCUACUGUCCCUUGUGCUCUGGGCCCCCGCCAUCCUGUGCUGGCAAAAGUCUGGGGGGCACCGUGUGGUCCCUGACGGACUGUGUUACACCCACCUCCUUGCCAGCCCCGCAGUCACCUUGGCGAUAACAAUUCCUUCAUUCUACCUGCCAGCGCUCGUCAUGAUCGGUCUGUACAGCCGCCUGUCUGUGGCCAGCCAGAGCCGACUGAGCACACUCAGAUCAGAGCGAGGCCCGCUGAGGAGGGCCAGUCCGUCCCUUAAAGACUUCCUCCUGAAACGACGCAGCCUGGUGACCAGUGACCCCAACUCUGAAGUUUCUCUGAACCAAUCAGAGUCCAGCACGCCGAAGCACAGGAAGAACCAGAGAGCGUCCAGGAGUCCAACUGAUCAGUCAGAGCCCGAUAACGACUCGUCAUCAAUCACGGACCUCCACAGGUCGGCCUCGGUGGCAUUCUCCGCCUGUCCCAGCUUCAGGUCUCAGGAGCGGCGGAGGCGUCGAGUCAUGGCGAGGGAGAGGAGGGUCACCAAGACCAUUCUGGCCAUCCUGCUGGCCUUCAUCCUUACCUGGACACCAAACAAUGUCAUGGCGGUCAUCGCCGCCUUCUGUCACUUCUGCAUCCCAGAGUUCCUGUGGACAACCGGGUACUGGCUCUGCUACGUCAACAGCGCCAUCAACCCCGCCUGCUAUGCCCUGUGCAACGUCACCUUCAGGAAAACCUUCUGCAGCCUCCUGUGCUGCCGCAGCAGUAGGCUGCACUGAUCACAUGACCCUCAGAGCAUGCAAGGAGGACGGAUCAGACCGGCUCAGACGAGGGAGCAUGAUUCUCUGUCUUUGUGGAUUCCAAUGAUCACCUGACACCAGACCGAGGUCUUACCUCUGACACAUUUAUUUGAAACAUUUUAAUGACUUAACAUUCAAGCUAUGUUUGAACCAGACUGUAUGAAACAUGGACGUAGUCUCUGUGAUGCCACCCUUUGGUUUCUGAGACAAUAUAAAACCCAUCGAUGGUGGUCGCCAUAUUUGAAACUGACUUUCUGUCUUUUAACAGAUUGAUCUGAAUUCUAGAGGGAAAUUAGGUAAAGAGGAGGAGUUGAGACGGACCUUUAACCUCCUGGAAAACGGCUAUAACACACAACUCAGCCACGCACCCAAUUAUGCAAAUGUGUACUCACCUGUUUAAUAAGGCUUAAAGGUGAGUUUUAUAAACAUUCAGCCCAUACAGUCGUCAUGAAGAGAGAAAUUAGCUCUAAAGACCAAAACUGUUUUUGUACCUGGCUGUGAAGUUGGACAUUUUAACAUGGGGCUCUAUGGGGACUCCACUUUCUACAAUUGUAGGAUUGUAGAAUUGUAGAAUGGGGACUGAUUCACUGCAGGAGACAGACUCUAGUGGACACUGGAGGAACUGCAGUUUUUUUUAAACUCUAAUGUAUUGGCUUUACUUUCCAACACUGGAAGUUGCUGCUUGGUUUCAACACAACAGAAUAUCUCUUAGCUGUUAGCAUUAACAGCCCCCUGGGAGUGAAGGCAUAUUCAUUAGAGCUCUCCCUUCUGACUGGCUGCAGUAUAUCUUAUAAGCUCCGCCUCCUCUAUGUUAACGGAUAGGACAUGAGUCAAACCAUGAACUUAAAAGAAACGUUGCUUAAAUCUAUUUCAACCCUGGAUUAUGUUGUGAUGGUUAGUUAAUAUCAUGCUGAUAUAUGUCCAAGUGAAGUUUUGUUUCCAUCCAUUUUUUAUAGAAAGUCGAACAAACGUGACAUCAUGAUUGACAGCUCUCUUAACGAAUCUCCUUGCUGCUUUCUCAGCCAAGUUGACCAGGAACGUCGAGAGAAAACGUUACGAAAACUAACAAUAAAGUUAUUCAAACUUUC